AAUCUUCUUUUCUAAUUUCCUUUAUCAGCGUAUUUAAUUCAUUUUUGGCAAAACCACACGUCACGCACUGCGGCGAGGCCCUAUCACAAGACUUCCGGUUCAUCUCAGAAAUCGGAAGCAAGAACAUGCUCCCAUAAUUGGUUAUGAAUCACAAUCGAAGCGGUGGCGCUUCAAAGGUCUUGUAGUAUAAUCCUAUUCUUUCUCGUUAUACCUGCAUUUGCGUUAUCAUGAAUCUCUGGCUUGUUCUCGGUGUUUUGCUGCAGUGGGUUUGUAUUUCAGACACGGCUCCUAUUGCUCAGGACUAUCUCACACGGUAUGGCUACCUGGACGCUCCUAACCGUAAAACGGGUGCCAUCCGAUCCCGGCAAGAUCUUUCUCGAGCUAUCCGCCAAUUCCAGCGCUACACAGGACUACAAGAAACAGGAAUCAUGGACGCCGCUACUAAAAGCAAAAUGGAGCAGCCUAGAUGUGGGCUUCCGGACAUUGUCGGCACUUCGGAAAACGCUCGGCGAAAGCGCAGAUACGCUCUUCAGGGAAGUCGCUGGGAGAAGUCCGAGAUAACAUACCGAUUCGCCAGCUACGGAAACGACUUAUCACGAACGGCCGUUCGCAGAAUAUUCGCCAGGGCAGCGAAGUUAUGGAGUGAUAAGAUGCAGCUUAACAUCAAAGAAACAUCAGACGCUAAAGCUGACUUUACUGUGAGCUUUAAUUCGUAUGACCACGGUGAUGGCGAUCCUUUCGAUGGACCAGGGGGUACGCUCGCGCAUGCGUUCUUUCCACAGUAUGGGGGAGACUUGCACUUUGAUGAUUCGGAGACUUAUACCGAGGGCAAAGACGCCGGUGUCAAUCUGUUGUUUGUCGCCGCUCACGAGCUCGGCCACACGCUUGGUCUGUCUCACUCUGAUGUCUGGCAGUCCGUCAUGGCGCCGUAUUACCCAGGAUACAAGGCGAACCUCGAGCUUCACGAAGAUGACGUGAAAGGCAUACGCCAUCUUUAUGGGAGCCGUACGUCUUCGACAAUACCAACCUCAUCGUCUGGUGGUCCGGACAAGCCUGCUGGUGGUGGUCCGGACACGUGUACUACCGAUCUAGAUACAGUGGUUGUCGCAGGUGAUGGAAACACCUACGCCUUCAAGGAUGCUUAUGUCUGGAAGUUGCGAGAGACUGGAUUCGCCCCAGGCUACCCUCAGCUUAUCAGCAAACUCUGGCCUGGGCUCCCUGAUAGCCUAGACGCGGCGGUGGGCUGGGGAGAAGAUAUCACUUUCUUCUUCAAAGGCAAAUUGUACUGGAAAUACCAAGGAUUCAAAGUGUAUCCAGAUUACCCCAAGAGAAUAAGCAACUGGGGUUUACCGGGUUCCGUUGACAAGAUUGACGCAGCUUUUGUCUGGGGCCGCAACGGCCGAACGUACUUCAUCAAAGAUGACAAAUAUUACCGUCACAACCCCUAUUCUGGAGUCAUCGACAACGGUUACCCAAGACCCCUAUCGGUCUGGCCGGGCCUGCCCGAACGCGUCGACGCCGCUGUACAAGAUGCGCGCGGUAUCACAUUUUUCUUCUACAAAAACUAUUACUUCCGGUUUGAUGAUGAUAGGUUCCGUGUGGAUUAUGGGUAUCCAAAAUCUAUGAACAAGGUGUGGCUUGGGUGUGAGACCGCUGGGCAGGAACUUAAUAAGAACAAGACGGUAAUGGGCUGCCCUUGUACUUGUGGUGCUAAAGGAAUGGCCGACUCUCAGAUACAUCAGUUUAUACUCGCUCUUUCUCUGCUUUUUGUUCAAUUAUUAUAGAGGACUAUUUGUAUAAACAUAUUUCGAAAGUUUCAAGCACACAAAGACUGAGAUAUUGCUAUUUAUUUGGUAUACAGCUACUAGGUACUUUCCUAUCAGCUAGCUACUAGGUACUUACAAAAUGGAUUUAUCAUUGUGGUUGGCACGACGUAUAUCAGUUAACCAUUAUCAUUUUCUUGCACUUAAGGAUCAGAUCCACUUUGCAAAAUAUGAAUAAAGACAUUCUUACCAUGGAUAAGAAUUAUUUAAUGAUAAAAUAUUUCGUCAGCUUCACAGAGAAAAUUUUGAAUUGACGCAGUAGAAGCAAAGCUACAAGAAACCUUCCCUCCGUAAAA